UGUCUCACACCAUUUCUCUCCCAACCCCCCAUUCUCUCACCCUCUUGAAGCUUGGCAGACACCACCACCUCGAAGAGUUGCAAGGGAAAGAAAUGGAACUUCCCUUUUUCCCUGCCCUUUUCUCAACUGUUAAAAGCUUGGUUGUGAAACAACCCUUUUUCCCAACCUUGGAGGAUUGGCUAGUGAAUCAUCCGAAAAUCCUAGAGUUUUCAUGGAUUAAUGGCCAAACUCCAGGCGCCUCUCAACGCUUCGUUACCCUCACUAUAUUCGCUUACAUAUCCUUCACGUUCAUUCUCUCCCAAGUAUCUCGACCUUCCCUUGCACGUCCAGUUCUGAAAUCUAUCUCAGCCGUCCACAACAUAUUCCUCCUCACCCUAUCUUUCACCAUGGCCCUUGGAUGCCUCGUUUCAAUCUUUUCACAGGUGCCUAACUUCAACACCCUCGUUUGCUUCCCUAAGCGCACAUCACCAUCGGGACCUCUCUUUUUCUGGGCCUAUAUAUUCUACCUGUCAAAGAUUGUUGAAUUCAUGGAUACCCUUUUGAUCAUCCUCGGUAACUCCAUGAAAAGGCUAUCGUUUCUUCACGUAUACCAUCACUCUAUGGUCGUGAUCAUGUGUUACUUGUGCUUAGACAGUGUUCAAUCUGCCUUCUCGGUGGUGCUGAUUACCAACUGCAUAGUGCAUGUUGUAAUGUAUACUUACUACUUGAUGUGCACCCUGGGGAUACGCCCAAAAUGGAAGAAAAUGGUUACAGAUUUCCAACUUUUGCAGUUCUGGGCAAGCUUUUUGAUCAUGGCUAUGCUUGUCUUCUACCAUUUCACUGGGUCUGGGUGCUCUGGGAUUUUGAGUUGGUGCUUCAAUGCUGUCUUCAUCGUUUCUCUUUUGUUUUUGUUCUCAGACUUCCACGCUAAGAGUUACUCUCCCAAGGUCAAGGGUAACUAAAUUAA